GAAUCGUAGUUAGUUUCUCUCCCCUCAUAAUGGCAACGCUCUCUCUCCACCGUUCUUCACAGUCCGUUACCGCCUCUUCGAUCGCCGUUCCUCUCUGUUCAACCUUCCAUGCUCGGCCGGAAAUCUGCUUCUCUUCUCAUCGUCGCCGUCUUUCACCUCUCUUACUCUCCUCCGAUUCUUGUCACAAAUCCGCCGUUUGCAGCGCAGCAGUAAGGCCGCCACCGGAUUCCGAUCCGCCUCCUGAGGAGGAUCCUAUUCGUCUAAAAGGUUUUCCAGCAAUUUUAUCAAAAUUUCGGGACAGAGUACAAAUUUUCUUUGCUGUGUUAUUCUGGAUGUCCCUCUUCUUCUGGACUUCUGCCUUAGAUGGAAAAAAUAGACCUAACAAGGGCUCUCGAUUUAGACGAUAGUUUUGUAAACAAGCAUUCUUUUGUAAAGGAUUGUAGGUUAAUAUAGUGUUAGGCUACUUGAUUAUAUCUAAAGAUAUAUCUCAGCCUUUGACGAGGUAGAUAAAGCUUGCUCCAGGAUGUUGAUACCAAAGAUGCAAGAUUGUAUACCCUGUAUAUUGUGUAGCUGCAAAGGAGAGAUACUGAAUGGAAUGGUUACGAAUCAAAUACAAGUAAACCGUCAUGGAAAGUCGUAUUUUGUAUUAUAUUCUUAUCAAGCGUCUUGAAUUUCUUGAAUCCCACCCCCUCCCAUCUUGAAUAACAUAACCAGGGGAAUUGAAGAUAUUCAACUGUCGCUGACUAAUCUUGUUCUCUUUUUUGGACCAGUUUGUGUGUCAUUCUUGCGCAAGAAUCAGGCUAAUCUUCUAUGCAACGAUGCAGUUUUAUCGAACGUGUUAAGGGACAGCAAACUAAUCUUUUUUUUUUUUUUUUUUUUUGCUAUUAAAUUAAAAUUCUACAGAUUGGUAUUGGUUUUCCUUGACAGGAAUUUGGUUGAUGGAUGUAUAAGAAUUGUGUACAGGAGACUUGCAGCAUUAGAAUGAUUGGUUCGUGGGAUAUUUAGAAGUGAUUGCCACAAUGUGUUUGACACGUUGCUAAUAGUUCAAUGUGUGGCUAAGAACUAAGUUUUUAUAGGUCAUAUUAUGAUGUGCUAGGGUUUUGUGAAAAGCUGAAAGUGAGAGUUGGUUGGGAGAAGUGAUCUCUAAUUAUUCUAUUACGAUCAUACCCAAAUGUUUUCUUCAAUCAA